AUGACGCAAGGAACUCCAAUGAAGGACGACGAGGGGAUCAGGCGACUAACCCGGGGUUCCAGGGAGCACAGAUGCGGCAUAGCGUUGGAUACAACCUCGCCAUUGCCGCUCUUCAACUCGCUUACGCAGCUGAUAUACCUUACAUCGACUUCUCCGAGAAUCCGAGAAAUUAUGACCAUGGACGGUGGACUCGAGCGCCUUAGUACGCAUCUUUCAUACCCGCCGCCGCCAGAGAAUCCCGCCAUGCUGAAUGCGCCCACCGCACGGUCGAACAAACUCGUACCCACCCUCAAUCCGCCAUCCUUCGAUAAACACGCUGCCUACAGAUUCUCGCUCGCUUUCCAGUGCCUAUUCGGAUAUUGGGGUAUGUUUCGCUUGAUUAUCUGUAUCCGAUACGGACACAUCAACGGAUACGUCCGCGAAUACGACCCUUAUUGGCUCUACGACACCCACAACGACCGUUCUCGUCCCAGGGACGGAAAGGAGUGGCACAGUCAUUGGAAGGAGGGUAUGGGACGAUGCGCCAGCCCAACCGGCUCCUCCCCAUACUGCAACGCGUCAACGCACGAUCCAAGUCUCGUCGAGCACCUUCGUGCUCCGCCUACUCCGUCUUCGGACACGUCGCGCCCAGAGACAGAGACGGAAGAUGACGGAGACGCUGAGGGAGACCUGGACGCCGACCGCGACGGGGAUAUCAGCAUGGAUCGUCGACGAAUGCGCCAGGCCAUAGUGCCCUCCGCCUCCACUUCGCCUGAGCGUCGGCCUUCCGUUUCGAUCACCCGUCCAACCCGUCGCACUGUGGGCAUCGUAUCUGAUGAUCCCCCAGCCACCUCCAUCAUUAUUACCGACGCUGGCGGAAGCGUGGACGUAGUCGCAGUUGGAGGGGAUGGAGGCGUGGAGGAAGGAAUCGUAUCAUUGGACCAGAACGACGACUUCGCUAUGGGCGCGCCACCAGGUGCUCCGGGUGCUAUCGAUGAUGGUGCAGGAGGCCGUCGUGUCGAUCUUGAUCUUGGCUUGGGCGCGCUAGAGAGACGGCUUUCGAUACCCGGCGUCAACGGACCAGACAUCAUCACCCCCCCGCGCUAG